AUGGGAGCUGAACGCAAGAGUCUUGUGGAGUUUGUCAGAUAUGCGAGGAGCUGCUACGACACGUGCCGUCAGGCCCGCCCGCGGGUGCUGGACGUGGUGAUCGGGAACACGGGCGGCGACAUGGACAGUGUUGUGUCGGCGCUCGGGUACUCGUACCUCAGCUACUUGGCCGGCGGCGACGGCGCAGCGGCCGUGGUGCUGCCCGUGCUGAGCUUUGCGCGGGCGGACCUCGCGCUCCGGCGCGACGUGGAGCGCUCGCUGCAUGCGGUGGGGCUGCGGCCGGCGGACCUCAUUUUCGCCGACGAGCUGGCAGCGGACGACGACGCGGGCGCCGCCGGCGACCAGUACCGCGUCCGGCUCGUGGACCACAACGCGGCAGACAACGCGCUCGUGCAGGCGGCGCUUGCGCAGCAGCGGGCGGCCGUGGUGGCCGUGGUGGACCACCACGCGGAUGCCGGGCUCUACGCGGCGGCGGCCCCGCGCGUGGUGCGCGCGUGCGGGUCGUGCUCGUCGCUGGUGCUCCAGCACUUUGCGGCGGCGUUUGCCAGCCGGUACCACGCCCGCACAGGCUUGGCCGGCCACGACGGCGGCGACCCGCAGGCCCGUCUGCGGCGGCGCGAGCUCCAGUUCCUCGUGUCCGCGCUCGCCGUCGACACCGACUGUCUGCAGCACCGGGUCGAGGCGGCUGACCGCGACGUCUACACCACGCUCGUGGCGCCCGUGCUGGACGCCGCCGCGUUUGCAGCCGUCGGCACCGCUGCAACCGCAGCCAAGCUGGACAUCGCCGGCCUGUCCGUCUACGACCUCUUGCGCAAGGACUACAAGGAGUACGAGACGGCCAGCGGCGCGCGCGUCGGCAUCUCCAGCGUGGCGUGCAGCCUUGCCCGGCUGCAGCAGCAGCAGCAGCAGGGUGCGGACGCCGUUGCCGGCGCCGUUGCGGACUGGUCCCAUCGCCGGAACCUGCAGCUGUGCGUCGUGAUGACAUCGUUCGUCGAUAAGACCCCCGCCGGGGACGUUUUUCGGAGGGAGAUUGCCCUGGCGCCGCCCGGGUUUCUUCCCGCGCGCGCGCUGAGCUGCCUAAAGCGGGAGCUCGGGCUUGAGGCCGGGCCGACGGUCGACGCGGAUUUCGCGAAAGCCACCGGGCUGGCGGUGUUCGAGCAGCACGCCGUCGGUAAGAGCAGGAAGGCCGUGGCACCGCUGGUGGUGGGCCUGCUGCAGUAG